CUAGCCAAAAGCUGCAAGCAGAGUACUCACCAUUUCAAAAAAGAUUACAUUCACGUUUUCAAGAGUUGUUAGGCCUCCUAAAAUGGCUACAAAGUUUGGCUUAUCUGUUUUGUUCAUAAGCUUUUGCUCAUUGUUUUCACCAACAUUGUCAUCUAUCACCUAUAAUGAGAUAGAUUCAUGGUGCAGCAAAACCCCACACCCUGAACCAUGCAAAUACUCCAUGAAGCAAAACCCAAACCACUUUAUACCUAACCAAGAAUUUGAGUCUCGUAAAGUGGCAAUCGAAUUAGCCUUGCAGAGUGCUCUCACUGCUCAAAAUCACCACCAGCGGCUAUGGCCAACAUUACGCAUUGAGAAAGAAAAGAAUGCAUGGAAACAUUGCUUAAACUUCUACAACAAGACCAUCGAUGAACUCAUCCUCGCCCUUGCCUCUAACAUAAAAUCCACCAAUUUUAACACCCAGACUUGGCUUAGCGCUGCGUCAACCUAUCUUGAAAGUUGUAAAGACACAAUCAAUGAUCUAGGGGUUUCAGGCUCUAUGUUAUCUCUCAUGAUUUUUCCCUCUAACAAUGUUUCGAAGCUAAUAACCAACUCUUUGGCUCUACAUAACAAAGCCUCAUCAAUUUUCCCUCAAAGUUAUCAAGAUGAUUUUCCUACCUGGGUUAAAUCAGCUGAUAGAAAGCUCUUGCAGGAACCUUCACCAUCUCCAGAUCUUGUGGUGGCGCAGGAUGGAUCAGGUGAUUACAGUAUCAUAAAGGCGGCACUUGAAGCCGCAGAAAAGAGUAGUGGGAAUGGGAGGUUUGUUAUAUAUAUUAAGAGUGGGGUGUAUAAAGAGUAUCUUGAAAUUGGUAAGAAACUUGAGAAUAUUAUGCUUGUUGGUGAUGGAAUGACAAAAACCAUUAUCACUGGGAACAAGAGUCUCGGCGGAGGUGUUGACACCUUUCACACUGCAACUGUUGGGGUCGAUGGUCAGGGAUUCAUUGCUCGGGACAUCACCUUCCAAAACACAGCUGGUCCACAAAACCAUCAAGCUGUAGCCCUUCGAUCAAGUUCCGAUUACUCUGUCUUCUACCGUUGUGGUUUUGAAGGGUAUCAAGACACCUUAUAUGUCCACAGUAAAAGACAGUUCUAUAGGGAAUGCUCUAUCUAUGGUACAAUAGACUUCAUUUUUGGAGAUGCAGCUGUUGUCUUACAAAAUUGCAUGAUAUAUGUAAGAAGGCCAUUUGGUAGCCAAAACAAUGUUAUAACAGCCCAGGGCAGGUCUUGCCCCUAUACUAACACAGGGAUUGUAAUCCAUAAUUCACAAGUAUUUUCUGCAGAAGACCUUGGCUCAUCAAAAACAUACUUGGGAAGGCCAUGGAGGAAAUACUCGCGUACAGUUUUUCUCUCAACUUAUCUUGAUUCUUUGGUGGAUCCGGCAGGAUGGCUUGAGUGGGAUGGUAAUUUUGCCCUAAACACUUUGUAUUAUGGAGAGUACAAGAACACCGGACCUGGAGCUUCGACUAGUGGAAGAGUUAAGUGGCCUGGUUACAAGGUUAUAACUAGUGCAGAAGAAGCAUCAGAAUUCACAGUUGCAAACUUCAUAGGUGGCCGUUCAUGGUUGCCAGCUACUGGUGUGCAAUUUGCUGCCGGACUUUGAUACUAUUGACAGUUCCCUGCACUAUAUAUUGAUUGGUUCAAUGCUAGU